AUGUCAACUGUUAUCUCAGCUUGUGCGCAUUUGGGCGUGUUGGAUAUAGGUAAGGAGGUUUAUAUCUACACUGUUCAGACCGGGGUUGUUCUCGAUGUAUACAUUGGUUCAGCACUGGUGGAUAUGUAUUCCAAAUGCGGUAGCUUGAAUAGAUCACUUGUGGUGUUCUUUAAUUUGCAAGAAAAGAAUCUCUUUUGUUGGAACUCGAUCAUUGAAGGGUUAGCAGCUCAUGGUUAUGCGUGUGAAGCACUGAAGAUGCUUGGCAAGAUGGAGAUGGAGUCAGUCAAACCUAACUCGGUCACUUUCGUGAGUGUUCUAACUGCGUGUACUCACGCAGGGCUUGUAGAAGAAGGCAGGAAGAUAUACCGUAGCAUGAGUGAUGAAUACUCUAUUGUCCCUAAUAUUGAACACUACGGAUGCAUGGUUGCUUUACUCAGCAAAGCUGGGUUGGUUCAAGAGGCUCUGGAAUUGAUUGAGAGUAUGGAAUUUGAAGCAAAUGCGGUUAUCUGGGGGGCUUUGCUUGAUGGGUGCAGACUUCACAAGAACUUGGAGAUAGCUGAGAUAGCGUUUAAUAAACUUAUGGUUUUGGAGCCAAGGAAUAGUGGGUACUAUUCUCUUUUAGUUAGCAUGUACGCAGGAGAAAAUAGGUGGAGAGAUGUUGCAGAGGUUAGAGGAAGGAUGAGAGAGUUGGGUAUAGAAAAGGUAGUUCCUGGGGCAAGUUGGAUUGAGUUAGGUAAACGAGUCCAUCUGUUUGCUGCAGCUGAUAAAUCUCACUCUGCUUCAGAUGAAGUUUACUUGUUACUUGAUGAGAUAUAUGUGCAGAUGGGAUUAGUUGGAUACGUGCAGGAAACUGAGAAUGUAUAUUAA